AUGGGUCUUCUCCAAGAGGUGGCGGCCCAUCCGCUGGCCGAGCACUUCCUGGGACUCGGUCUCGGUGUGCAGGUGGCCGUCGUGUUCGGAGGGGUCGUCGUCCUGUCCGUGAUCCUCAACGUGCUCAGCCAGAUCCUCUUCAAGAACCCCAAUGAGCCCCCAAUGGUCUUCCACUGGUUCCCCUUCAUCGGCAGCACCGUCACUUAUGGCAUGGACCCCCCCAGAUUCUUCAAGGAGAACCGCGACAAGUUUGGCGAUACCUUUACCUUUAUCCUGCUCGGCAAGAAGACCACCGUCGCCGUCGGACCGGCUGGCAAUGACUUCAUCCUCAACGGCAAGCUCAAGGACGUCAACGCCGAGGAAAUCUACACUGUCCUUACCACCCCCGUCUUCGGCAAGGAUGUCGUGUACGAUUGUCCCAACGCAAAGCUCAUGGAGCAGAAGAAGUUCAUGAAGAUUGCCCUCACAACCGAAGCCUUCCGAUCCUACGUCCCCAUCAUCUCCGGCGAGGUCCAGUCCUACUUCAAGAAGAACGCCGACUUCAAGCCCAAGACCGGCAUCAUUGAUAUCCCCAAGAAGAUGGCCGAGAUCACCAUUUUCACCGCCUCCCACGCCCUCCAGGGAAGCGCCGUCCGCAGCAGGUUCGACGAGACCCUGGCCGCCCUCUACCACGACCUGGACAUGGGCUUCACCCCCAUCAACUUCAUGCUUCACUGGGCCCCUCUCCCCUGGAACCGCAAGCGCGACUACGCCCAGCGCACCGUCGCCAGCAUCUACAUGGACAUCAUCAAGGACCGCCGCGCCAACGGCGACGACCACGAGGAGCACGACAUGAUGAAGCACCUGAUGAACUCGACCUACAAGAACGGCACUCCCGUCCCCGACCACGAGGUCGCCCACAUGAUGAUCGCCCUCCUCAUGGCCGGCCAGCACUCGUCCUCGUCCACCAGCUCCUGGAUCAUGCUCCGCCUCGCCCAGAACCCCGAGAUCAUGGAGGAGCUUCUCCAGGAGCAGAUCAGAGUCCUCGGUGCCGACCUCCCCCCUCUGCAGUACGAGGACCUGGCCAAGCUCCCCCUGAACCAGGCCAUCAUCAAGGAGACCCUCCGCAUCCACGCCCCCAUUCACUCCAUCAUGCGCGCCGUCAAGCAGCCCAUGCCCGUCCCCGGCACCAAGUACGUCAUCCCCCCGUCACACGUCCUCCUCGCGGCCCCCGGUGUCAGUGCCUCGGAUCCCCAGUACUUCCCCAACCCAGAUGCGUGGGAUCCUCACCGCUGGGAGGCCGACUCCCCCAACGCGCCCAGCAUCGUCCGCAACGGGACUGUGGAGGAGGAGGAGAAGAUCGACUACGGCUAUGGUCUCGUCAGCAAGGGUGCUGGUUCCCCCUACCUGCCCUUCGGUGCCGGCCGCCAUCGAUGCAUUGGUGAGCAAUUCGCCAACGUCCAGCUUCAGACCAUUGUGGCCGAGACGGUGCGAGCAUUCAAGUUCAGCAAUGUAGACGGUAGCCGGAACCUUAUCGGCACCGACUACGCCUCGCUCUUCUCGCGCCCGUUGGAGCCUGCCAAGAUUCGUUAUGAGAGACGGGAUUAG